UCGCCCGAUUUCAAUUUCCGCCACACGCGCGCAGCGUUCGUCACGUGACGCAUCCUAGCCAAUCACUUUAUAGAUGUAUAUGUGUUUCGACGCGGUGAUUUGCAGCUCACGCAGCCUCACCCUGAAAAAAACGCUUUGAUUAAAUGCCAUACAACCGAUAAAUGAUCAUGACAAACACUUUACAGUUACUGUACUAUAUUUUAUUUAAGUGUCAAACAAAAGGAUUAUAUGUAGUACAUAGUCAUCUUUUUCUGGGGGGACAUAAAAACAUCCAAGUAUUGAAACGAGUACUUUGUUUCAUCUACGCAAAUAAUCUCAUAAUAAAUGCGAUUCCAAGCGUCGUUGGGCGCCAUUGUGAGUCAUCCAUCUGGCUUUUUUUAAUUACCUUUUUUUUUUUUUCAAUUUUGACUCAUCCAGCCGACUUUUAUGUUGACAAAUUAAAGACUUAUAUUUAAAUGUCAGUCAUUCCAGUGUACACAUGUUACAAAUAUUUGCGAGUACAAUUCAGAAUGUUGUGGUGAACAAAUAUCAAUGAGAAUGAAUGAGCUUUGAAUGGACAAAAUAAGACACCAAAAAAAAACAAACACACAAGCAGACAAACAGAUCAGCGUGACUUGAUUUUUCAAAGUUUCUGAAUCACUAACCUACAUUUCUGAUUUGUUAUCAUACGAGUAGACUUGAAAUAGUUAUCAACUUCAAUGAAAUAAUGGAGUUGAUCAGAUCGUCCGUCUGAGUUUUAUCGCCACGUUGACGUCAUUGGUGACGUCGACCCUAACAAGCACUCGUGUCCUUGUUGAGUUGAUCCCGCAGGCGGCGCUGUUGUGUUGCUUCUUUUUCCACAACGUCGUCCCCCGAAAGUUCCUCGAACUCGGCGGACGCUAGGACCAAGAGGGCAUGCCUCGAUGCUGCGUUUAAGGUCCUGUGGUCAAUUAGAGCGAGACAAAAAGGGCUACGUGGUUUUCGGAACGGUACUUCAACCGCUCUGUGGUCAUAAAUUGGAUCAUUCUGAGGUCGUUUUGUCGCUUUAAUCAAAUCGAAUGAUUUUGAAAGUGCAACACAAACGUGCCACCGAAGCAUCGCGAGCAACUGCGACGGCUUAAAUUCCCACAGCGCGCGAAGGCAACGUCACCCACCACGUGGUUCUGCUGCCUCCUCGGUCCAGCGUGCGCGCACCUCGGCCACACUGCGCAUCAUUGCUUGCCGUUAUUUCAUCUUUCCAUAUUUUGUAUACUUUCACAUUCAGUCUCUCAGUCGACCUCAAGUCGAAGAGCAACUUCUGUUGUCCGAGUUUUACAUAACCGGCGAUUAAGCCAUCGUCUCGCGCUUUCCCGAUGGCUGCGAACCGGGCGGGGCGGCGGGUCGACAAGGUGUGCGGCCACCGGUCGCCCAACCGCGCCCUGCAGCGGCGCCAGCAGGCUCGAGUAACCGUCAAGUACAACCGCAAGGAGCUCCAGCGCAGGCUGGACGCGGAGAAGUGGAUCGACUGCGGCCUGGACCGGCUCUACGCGGGCCGGGAGGAGGAGGACAUGCCCGAGGAGGUGAACAUCGACGAUCUUCUGGACCUGAAGACGGACGCUGAGAGGACGCGCAGACUGCAGGAGAUUCUUCACUCGUGCAACAACAACACAGAGGUUUUCAUCGGCGACUUGCUGGCCAAACUUCACGGCCUGCAGAAGCAGGAGGAGCUGCACAACGACGGCAUCGACCUACCGCAGCUCCACGUCUACCCCGCCCGCCCCGGAUCGGCCGACGGGGACGCGCUGCGCUGACGGGAGCCGGCGCACCCCUCCGCCUGACCCCGCCCACCCUCGUCGGGCGGGAGGAGCUGGACUGCAAAACGAGCGCACCACAAGCCCGCACCCCAGAAACACAAACGCACCAGGACCAGCAAGAAGCACAACAGGAAGUGGACCAUCAGAACUUUGAUGAUGAUCCAAACUCAUUCGUCCUUGUCAGUCGUUGUUUUUGUGUUUAUUAUUUUUGUGGGUUUCAAUUUCCUGGCUACACACGCACGCACGCACACACACGUCUGUUUGCACUGUAAACAGAUGUGUCGUCACCCCACAGACCUUCACAAGGCCGUGGGUGUGUUUCUGUCUGCGUGUGUGAAGACACUUCCUGUUAUCACACACUUCAGGCUUAAGUCUUGUUUACUAACAUACACACACACACAUUACACACAAUACACAUGUAUACAAAAUACACGUUACAGAAUACAGACAUUUAGACAUAAUACAUGCAGACCGCACACACACGAUACACCAGGGGUGUCAACCUAAUUUGAUGUCAAAGGGGCCGGACUACGAUAAUCACAUCAUACUUAAUCUAAAAAUAAAUACUCUAACAAUGAA